UGGGUUUGGUGGAGCAGAGAUGGUGGCAGUGCUGCUGGCUGCAGGGGCUAAUACGCAUCUUCAGGACAAGUGGGGCUGGACUCCGCUUCACAUCGCCAUCAGCAGACGCCACAAGGAGAUUGCAGAAGUCAUCUGCGAUGCCGACGAUAGAAACGUUCUUCGGGAUGACGGUGGACGGACCGUGUUGCAUUUUGCUGCGGAAUUUGGAAUGCAAACUAUUGUGAGAAAACUUCUGUCUUCGGGACCUCUUCGGAAAACUCCUCGUUCGGGAAAGGAAUCGACUUCGAAUGCGGCGGAACGGGAAGGAAUUGCGCUCUCGGCGAGCAAGGAGGACCUGGUCGACGUACGGGACAACCGGGGAAAGACUGCCCUACACGUGGCUGCAAAAUAUGGCUUCACAGGGAUUGUUGAACUGCUGCUCGCAGCAGGGACAGAUCCCCUUCUUCAGAAUAAAGGAGGCAAAACGGCCCUCCACGUGGCUAUCGAUCGGCGCCGGGCGGGCACUGCGGAACUCUUAUGUGGUGCUGAGGAUGGAAACCACCUGCAGGAUAAAUACGGAAGGACCGCCUUGCAUUACGCUGCGAGGGAAAAAUACAAACGUACUGUGAGAAACCUGCUGUUUAACGGCGAGCAUCCUCACACGAUGGAUAAUCGAGGAAGUUCUCCUCUGCAGUUGGCCUUCGUAGACAACGGGGACAAUAGCGUGGCUGAGAUGAUCAUUUCUUUUAUUGCCUGGAAGGACAUUUCGGUGGAUUGGAAGGGUUGGAAGGCCCGUGGAGUCGAGAUCUGCAAGAAACGGAUGGAAGAAUGUGUUUCGGAGAUCCGGCGAAUGAAAGAGACGAAAGUGCUCGGUCGCAAUAUCACCUAUUACGACGUUGCGGCGAGGCAUGUGGGGAAGGUGGCCGACUAUCUGGAGAGCCGGGAGUUCCGGGAUGCGUUGCUCGGGGGUGGUUUUGCGCGGGACUUCCCCAAUUAUGCAGACUUCAUCGACUUCAAAGUGAAGAAGGCUGAAAGGAGGAGAAUCGUGAGGGCUCCCUGCCUGAAAUGCUUUGAAACGUUGUUCGGGAGUCUCCCUCCUUUGCCGGGAACGAUCCUGAACGACAUAUUAGCCUAUUUGAGUGAACGAGAUAUGCAGAACGUCCUCGCAGCUUUUAACCGUGAUGUGCCUGACCGGAGGGCUUUUGAAGCUAGCGGAGCUGUCCUCUCAUAGCUUUGAUUAUGGUUUGGUCGCUUUAAAUACGAAACGGAGUUAUUUUCAUUCUGAAACAAAAUAAUUGUUUUCCUUAAUCCUUAAGACUAUCAUUUGUUUUAUUGUUGAUGUCUUUAAUUUGAAACAGUAUGAACCUGUUAUUAUUUACUCUACCAUUUCUAAUGUUCUGUAAUCAUAGUACUAACUGACAAAAGAGAUUUAAUCAAACAGUAUAAAUUUGACUUAUAGAUGAGUGUUUCAAGGACGCCUUAGAUAUUCUCAGCUAAAUUUUAUCAUCGGAAGAUUAGAGUUAAAUUUUGUAAAAACAAAACCGUUGCAUGCCAAAUAAAUAUUUUUUCCAUAUUUGCAAAAAGUGGCAGGGACAGUUUUUAGUGUACUCCCUUCUCCUACCCUCUGGUAGAAACAACCAUCCCUGUUAAGUCCAUAAAAGGGCUGUCUAAAGGUGGUGCUGCAUUUUUUUCCUACAAAUUUGGCCCCCUGCCCCAUUUUGUCUCAAAGUGUCACAAUUCUUGCUCUUCUCACAAAGCUCAUGUUUUAUUAGCUGAAUGCCAUAACUACUGCAGUCCACAAACAAAACAAAUAUUUGUUUUUGUAUCUGUUUCUAUCUGUCAAACCGAAUUUCUCAAGAAAUUGACACUCAAAACAAAAAAAAAAAGUCUAACGAAUAUGCGGGAGUUUGAAUGUUAAUAUCAACAUCUAAGUCUUGAUUCUCAAUAGCAUAGUUUUGGAAAAAUAGAUUGUGCACAAGUGUAUUGUGUGUUCCAUUGAUUUUACACACAUUGUUUUCCGAUGGCAGAAUCUGGUUCCUCUUUCUUUUUUGUAAAAUUUUGGUUUGCAUUUAAUCCUCUAUUCCUAAUACUCAUAAGUGUCAAUAAGUUUUCUUAAGUUCGUUAGUGUUUGUACUUUUUCUUUUUUUUUUCUAAAGAAUAAUUUUAUUUUUGUAAAUAUUUAUUUCCUGUUUUUGGUGUCAUUUUCAUCAUCUAGGUAGGGGUAGAGAAGAUGAUAUUUCUGCAAAUGCCU